ACACCGUACUCACCAGCCGUGGGGCAGACAUGCUCAGAGCCAAGGAUGCUCUCCUCCGCCUGCGGCCCCACCACGGCACGUGCCUGGCACAGCUUCCAGCCCCCAGGCUCGCGUGGCGGUCGCUGCACAGGCAGCCACUGCACCCCGAGUGGGCUGCCCUUGCUGAAAAGCAGCUCAAGGGCAAGAAUCCCAAGGAUUUAAUUUGGCACACACCAGAGGGGAUCGACAUCAAGCCCUUAUACUCCAAAAGGGACACGGAAGAUCUCCCUGAGGAGCUGCCGGGGGUGAAACCUUUCACUCGAGGACCCUACCCGACCAUGUACACCUACAGGCCGUGGACUAUCCGCCAAUAUGCUGGCUUCAGUACAGUGGAGGAGAGCAACAAGUUCUACAAGGACAACAUUAAAGCUGGCCAGCAGGGAUUAUCUGUUGCUUUUGAUUUAGCCACCCACCGUGGUUAUGAUUCAGACAAUCCACGAGUUCGAGGAGACGUCGGAAUGGCUGGAGUUGCCAUUGAUACAGUGGAAGACACCAAAAUCCUUUUUGAUGGAAUUCCUCUAGAGAAAAUGUCGGUUUCUAUGACAAUGAACGGGGCAGUCAUUCCCGUGUUGGCAACGUUCAUUGUCACUGGAGAAGAACAGGGAGUGCCUCAGGCCAAGCUGACAGGGACAAUCCAAAAUGACAUCUUGAAGGAGUUCAUGGUCCGAAAUACUUACAUUUUCCCCCCAGAACCAUCCAUGCGGAUUAUUGCUGACAUCUUCCAGUACACUUCAAAGGUAUUUAUCAUUUAA